GACGGUUUAGUGUCGGGACAGGUGGGAGCUCCGGUCUGACGAGCUGCUGUUGUUCUCCAUACAAAGAGAGCAAAGCCGGAGAAACACUUCAGAUUUACAUUAAAAUAAAAACACAAACACGUUUCGGUUCAUUCAGACAUUAAACGUUAAAUUAAAAUAAUGUCCACGAGCCGGUCUGCGUGAAAAAUGUCCGACAAAGAAGAGAGAAAUUCAAGAGAAACUGCGCAGUCAUAGUUUAAUGGGAGCGGUGACCUGAGCAGAUAUGGCAGCUGACGACAAGGUUGCCAUCCUGACAGACGACGAGGAGGAGCAGAAGAGGAAGUAUGUGUUGGCCGAGCCCUUCAACACGCUGUCAAUGGAGCAGCCGACGGGUGUUUCCACGCCGCCGCCGGCUGCUUCAGACACGCCGCCCGAGCAGCCGGCGGCGGCGCCUUCUGACUCAAUAGACUGCUGCGAGAGGAUGUGCCUCCGCAUCAACAGCCACCUCCUCGUCUCCAAGGUGUUCUACUUCUUCUUCUACGCCGCCUACGGCUCGCUGCACCCUCUGCUGGCCGUGUACUACAAGCAGCUCGGCAUGUCGGCCAGCCGCAGCGGGCUGCUCGUCGGCAUCCGCUACUUCAUCGAGUUCUGCAGCGCCCCCUUCUGGGGGGUGGUGGCGGACCGCUUCAAGAAAGGGAAGAUGGUGCUGCUGUUUUCUGUUCUGUGCUGGCUGAUGUUCAACUGCGGCAUCGGCUUCGUCAAACCAGCGGAGAUGAAGUGUGAGGAGAAAGGUGCCGCUCCUCCUACGACGCCGGCGCCGGUGAUGACCACACUCAUGUACGGUAAUAACUUCACGCACGCGAGCAACUCCACCAACCACACCAGAAGUCGCCGCAGCCUUCUGGAUCUCCUCGAGCUUCCUAAGAUCCUGGACUCUUAUUUCAGCGCGCACCACAGGUAUGAGCGAAGCGUAGAUGCCAACGCCACUCCUGCUCCUUUUGAGCUGGUUAACACCACCCAGCAGACGCUAAACGCCGCAGUCCCCAUACGAAACACCACCCUCCACAUGCCAAACACAACCGUCUCUGCACCAAACACCACCGUCACCACCACAACCUCGCCUGCUCCGACCGAGAAGAAGGAGUACCAGAUCACCUACAACAGGGACCAGGUGGAGAGCAUCUUCCUGCUCAUCCUGCUCGUCAUCAUCGUGGGCGAAUUCUUCAGCGCCCCCGCCGUCACCAUCGUGGACACCGUCACCCUGCAGUACCUCGGUAAGGCCCGCGACCGUUACGGCCUGCAGAGGAUGUGGGGCUCGCUGGGCUGGGGUCUGGCCAUGCUGCUGGUGGGCAUCUGGAUCGACCACACGCACAUCACCGUGGUGAUCGACGGCGUGGGCUGCAUCGUGCCCGACUUCCGCCUCCACAACUACCAGAUCGCCUUCAUCGUCUUCGGCGUGCUGAUGGGCCUGGCGUUCGUCGUCGCCACUCAGUUUUACUUCGAAAAAGGCGGCGACUACCGGCAUGAGGUUCCAGAGGGCGUGGUGGAGGACCCGUGCACGCCGGGAGCGUUACCCGAGUCCAGCCCGCCGGACCAGAGUUCCGUCGGCUCUGACCCUGCUCAGGAGUUCAGCUACAGCGACCUCCUGAGGCUCCUCUGCAGCGUGCGCUACAGCUCCGUCCUCUUCGUCGCCUGGUUCAUGGGCUUCGGCUACGGCUUCGUCUUCAGCUUCCUGUACUGGCACUUGGAGGACCUGAAGGGGACCACCACGCUGUUCGGCGUCUGCUCCGUCCUGAGCCACAUCUCGGAGCUCGCCGCCUACUUCACCAGCCACAAGUUCAUCGAGCUGGUCGGACACAUCAGGGUGCUGUACAUCGGUGUGACCCACGCCUCAGUUUGGGCAGCCUGUAUCUCCUUCCUGAGUGCGGCGGUCCCUCCGGCCCUGAGGACGUCGGCGCAGGGCAUCCUGCAGGGCCUCCACCUGGGCCUGGGCCGUGGCUGUGGGGCCAUGGUGGGCGGCGUGUUUGUCAACUACUUUGGUGCUGCAGCGACGUUCAGAGGGAUCGGCAUGGCCUCCCUUGUCAUCCUCCUCAUCUUCGCCUUCAUCCAGUGUGUGACUGGCGAGUCUGAGGGGAAAGAGGACAAAAUGCUGGCGGAGAACAUCCCCGUCCCCUCCAGCCCGGUCCCCAUCGCCACCAUCGACCUGGUGCAGAGUCAAGCCGCCGCCGCCGCCGGUAGCCCUGUCCCGGCCCGCCAAGUCGCAGCGCUGCCCGUCAGGAAGACCAAACACCAGGAGGACCAGGAGGACGUGAACAAGCCGGCCUGGGUGCUCUCUGGCGCCCCCUGGGUCACCAUCGCCUUCGCUAUCGUCCAGAUUAAGGAGAUGAUGAAUCUGGCGAAGAGCAGCGCUCCGCCCACAGAGACUCAACCGCUUCAGGUACCUAAUGAGCAGGCGUCAGCCGAGUGCAAGGCGGCGGCAACGUCACACAGAAACCAGAGUGAUGACGGCACAGAAACACCCACACAACCAGACACCACCCACCCGGCACCAACAGACACAAACGGGGACAAAGACCAAACACACCCGCCCUCGCACAGAGGAGAGGAAAACCCAGCGUUAACGGCUGACGACGCACACUGACAUUCAGUCAAUCACUGUAUCUGUGUCGCAAAAUGUGCUUGAAAUACGACCAGAAAACAUCCUGUCAUUCCGAAAAUAAGCUGCAGCUCAUAUUUUAAACGGUUCUAAGACUCAGACGCGACUUGUUUUAACAAAAGGGACGUUUGGGUUGAAUGUUUGGAGGUGCGUUUGCGCCUGAGGACCGUUGUGCACUAUAUUUACUGCCCUGUGACGGUGGACUUAUUUAUUGACUUAAUUUAUGUAGAAAUGUGAUGAAAAUGGGGAUUUAAUUCAGCAGUUUGAUUCUGUAAAACUUAAACAGCAUUAAAAAGUGACAGCUUCUCUACCAGCACAGGAUUAACACAUUAAAAUGCCUUUUUGUCAAGAGUCUCUGACACAAAUUUAGAAUUUUUUAAACUGAAUUAGUGAUUUUUUUAUGCACUGAAAUACAAAAGUUCCCAAUCUUUUGCACCGCAGACCAGCUGACGGUAAAUUCAUGCACAUUUUUAAUCCAUGCAUGAAUAUUUUUCACUCCCAGCACACAAAAAAAUGAAAGAAAGUUGAUUAAAUUUGUUCCAAACCGUGACAAAAACUUCACUGUAUUGGCAGGAAUUAUCGCAACACUGCUGGGGAAUACUUUGGCUAGCGUGCUCAUGAAACAGAUAUUUAAUUGUAUUCUCUUCGGUAUUAAAAAUGUCUCACAAAGUCUUGAAUGUAGCUCGUUAAAUCCUGCAGAAACCUGCUGCUUAAUUAUUAUUUGUCGUCUUUUGCUGAGUUUCCUCGCAGAUCUCGUGUGGCCUCAUGUGCUGGGAGCCGGUGUAACGUUGACAGGAAAGGGUUCAGAUUCUGUCACGUCUGUUAAAAGUGCUGCUGGAGAUAUAUUUUUAUAAUUUACAGGCGAAGCGGUGAUGAAGAAGUGCCUCUUUACAACAUCAUUACUGUUCUAACUUAUUGUGACUGUUUGUCAUGCGAGGAUCCCUUUACAGACGGGUCUGAGGGUCUUACUUAAACCCUGAUUCCAAUAUUUUUCUAUUGGAGCUGCCAAUAGCCGACACACUGUAUUUACUGUCUUUGUUUUCCAUUUCCAUGCCAAACUGUUCCCAGUGUUCUGCGUUCACGUCUCGUCUGGAUGGAGAAAUCCUCAGAGACAGAAUCACAUGAAGAAAUUCUGUUUGUUUUUUCUGUACAUUUAAUGAUUAAAGGAUGUUUUACCCUUUAAUA